ACGACAGCCCACUUGUGCCCAUAACAAAACGUGUGAUCAUCUACAACCAUAUUUCACACCAAAUAUGGCAUACAGAUCACGAAGAGGAGGAUUUGCGCCACGUUCCACUCGUGAUAGACCACAUGGUGGUUUCCCAUACCAGAAACGCGAUGAACCGACCCUUGAUAUCGAAAAAUACCCGUUGGGGGAACUGUUACUGACAUUCCAGAGCAAUGACUUUGACAGUAAAACGGAGGAUUCCUUAGAUGAGGUCAUUCAAGACUGCACACAUAUCGCAUCCUACAACUGGGUUAGUAGGGGCUUGCCUACGAUCAUGAUACCGGGCAAACCACCAAAAUGGACCCCUUCGACCACUCCUCAACGUCUCCAAGAAGACAACGGUUCCUACUUCCGCGACCCAAACGCAGCCCACUUCCCACUCUAUCCAAUGCUCCCCAGCGUCCACGCCAUCCUAGAUCACAACCCAGUCUUUCCAACCCCCUCAAUCGACGUCUUCGCCUGUGGCUACACGCUGGGAAAUCUCCUUCGCUUCGUUCGCUUCAUUGACAAGCCAUUCCGCUUCACCUUCCAAACGAUCGGCAACACCGUCUUCUUCGUUCGCAAAGAAAACGACCCUCGCGAACUCCUUCAAGGCGUUCGCGGCUAUGGCCACACAUUUCCCGAGGCAUCUACAACGUGGGAGAGUAGCGUCAAGGGCUCCGAGUCGCACCAGCGGCUUGUCCAGUACAAUCUCGCUGGUCUGCAAUGCAUCGUACGCUUUGAAUGUGACGGCUACAUUGCCUCUGAAUCCACAUCAUCAUCACCUCGUACCAAGCAGACUACAGGUCUUGAUAUUGACAAUCUGGUCAAUGAAUUAGCCGCAACGUCUACCACCACCGUCCGACAAAAUUCCAAUCACUCUAAUCCAAAAGAGGAACUUUCUUUGACUGUCGAACACAAUAACCAAUCAACCCCACCACCAGAACACAUCUUUGACCUCAAAACUCGCUCCAACAAGCAUGGCAAGCAGAUCGACAUGCAGGAUAUGUACCCGAUCCUCUGGCUCAAACAAAUCCCCUACUUCAUCAUCGCAUAUCACGAUGGCCAUGGCGGAUUUUCACCAGCAACAACACACGUCAUGAACGUUGUUGACGCGCUCAAAACCUGGGAAAAGGCGAAUAGAGAGGCGAUCUUGAGAUUCCGAACGCUGCUGGGACGAAUUGUGGAAGUUGGGAGACAAGCGGAUGGGGAGAUUCUGGAGGUUGUUUGUUUUGGGAAGGGGCAGUUGGAGAUCAGGGGGGUGAGCGGAGAGAGGAAGACAGAGGCCGUUCUGCCGGAGGACGUGGCAGCGAAGUGGGCAAGUGUCGAUGUUGAAGAUGGUGAUGAUGGGAGUGAAAGUGAGAAGGAGGAGGAGGAUGAUUAUGACCAGGGCGGAGGUUUUUCUUUUGCGGAUGAGGAUGAGUGGGACGAUUACACGGCUUGUGGUGAGGAUUGCGGGUACUGUGGUAAAUGCACGUACUAAGUAUCUUUGUAUACUGUGCGAGCCUUAUUGCUGGAGGGCAAUGGGCAUAAACUUUCUGUAGUUUC